AUAUAUUAGUGGGUGCAGAUUAUGAUUGGAGCAACUUUCACUUCACAAAUGUGUAGUCAGCCAACCAAUCCGGUUAAGCAUAUGUCUGUUGUGCUGUAAUAUUCGCCAAAAAGUAAUAAAGCUAGCUAUUGGCGUAAAAACUAAAAUCAAUAUAAUUUUAUUUGAUAAAUAACACAAUUUUCUAUAACUACAUGACUGCAACGUCUACAUUAAAAAGCCGCAAUGGCAAUCAAGUUAUUAACAACAACGAUGCAGAAGUGUCUACCACAAAAAGCCAUAAGAAGCUGACUAAUAGUUUUCAAAAUAGUGAUGAUUCUGCUGGAAAUAAUUCGCGUUCAAUGGUGACCUUAAUAUUUAUUUCGCUUUUGUUUGACUUACUCGCUUUUACCAUGAUACUCCCAUUAAUGCCUUCCUUGCUAGAGCAUUACCGUCAGAAUGACAGUUCUGGUUUGUAUAACUUGCUGACGCAGCGAAUACAUUGGUUUCAGCAACUUGUUGGGGCACCAGAACGAUACACAUCGGUGUUAUAUGGUGGCUUUUUGGGAUCCAUGUUCAGUUUUUUACAAUUUGUAGCUAGUCCCAUAGUUGGUGGGCUGUCUGACUAUUAUGGGCGUAAGCCGCUAAUGUUACUUUGUGCGAGCGGUAUUGCGCUAUCCUACCUCCUAUGGGCUUUCUCCAGUAAUUUUGCACUUUUUGUACUAGCACGAUUAGUCGGCGGGAUCAGCAAAGGCAACAUAUCCCUUUGCAUGUCAAUUAUCACUGAUGUGUCCAGCGUUAAAACACGUGCAUUUGGUAUGGCACUUGUUGGUGUCGCUUUUUCGGUGGGCUUUAUUGCAGGUCCCACUAUUGGUGCCUUAUUUGCGCGUUCUUUAAAUAAAUCAGUAGGAUCUUGGUAUUUGGCACCUUCAUUAUGUGCCUUCGCAUUUGCUCUAUGUGAUUUAGGGAUCAUAGCAUUUGGUCUGAAGGAAACAUUACCAAAGGAAAAACGUGUUAAAGAGAUAUCAUCGGCGAUGUCAUAUGCAAUUCAAUUACUGGACGUGCGGUCAAUAUUCAAAUUCUCUGCAAUUAAGAAAGUAUCCAAAGCCGAAAUGUUUGCACUACGUAAAAUAGGACUAAUUUACUUCUUAUACCUAUUUCUGUAUUCCGGUUUGGAAUUCACUGUUACAUUCCUAAUGUAUCACAAGUUCGGCUACAAUUCCAUGGAGCAAGCAAAAAUGUUUCUUAUGACAGGUGUUGUAAUGGCCAUUCUGCAAGGAGGGGUUGUCCGGAGGCUACCUCCUCAUGCGACAAAGCCGUGUGCUGUAUUUAGUUUGUAUCUUAUUGUACCUGCAUUUAUAUUAGUUGGUUUGGCGAAAGAUGGAAGUUUGCUAUAUGCAGGCAUGUUUCUAUUUGCGGUUUCCACAGCCUUUGCUGUUACUUGCUUAACCACAUUAGUUUCGCGGUAUGGGAAUGACGAUCAAAAAGGUUCGGUGCUCGGAAUUUUCCGUUCUUUGGGUGCCUUGGCACGUGCCGUUGGUCCUGUUGUUGGUUGUAUUUCAUUUUGGAGUUUUGGUUCGCGACUAACUUAUAUUACUGGUGGACUUUUAUUACUGGGCCCAGCAUACAUUUUACAAAAAUCGAAGCUUUCAUAAUUUAAAUAUAAUGAAACAAAAAUAUAAAGUAAUUAAACUUGCUUCGAGUUACUGGACGUAAAAUUCUCAGUAAUGUUUUGUGUAUUAUGAAAUUUUCUAUAUUUAUUAUGUUUUUACACCAUUUUAGUAUUUAACAAUAAAAGCUAUCGAAUAUUGCUUAAAUUGAUUAAAUGUACUCUGCUUAAUUUUGAUACAAAAUUAAUCAAAUUUAUAUCCCACA